AUGAAACUGCUUCCAAUGAAAAUUGCAAGGAUUCAAGUAGGAAAGUCAUUUACAACGUGUCCUACUAAUUUUUAUGUCCUCUUUUUUUUUUUUUUUUUCUUUCUCUCUCUCUCUCUCUCUAGGAAGAGAAUAUUCACAGAGAACAGAGAGCGAAAGGCAGAGCAAGAGAAAAUGUCAGGAAGAGGCAAGGGAGGUAAAGGAUUGGGAAAGGGAGGAGCGAAGAGGCAUCGUAAGGUGCUAAGAGAUAACAUUCAGGGCAUCACCAAACCUGCUAUUCGUCGUCUCGCGAGGCGUGGAGGUGUCAAACGUAUCAGUGGCUUGAUCUAUGAAGAGACCCGUGGAGUUCUCAAGAUCUUUCUCGAGAACGUUAUCCGUGAUGCAGUUACUUACACGGAGCAUGCUCGCAGGAAGACGGUGACCGCCAUGGAUGUGGUUUAUGCUCUCAAGAGGCAAGGCAGGACUCUCUACGGGUUUGGGGAAAAAAUGCGAUUUCUAAUUCUACUUCUGCUCUGCCUGCUCAACAACCCAUUUGUUGCCGGGAAACAAUCUCAUAUCCCGGAAUACCGAGUUCUGCUCUCCUUGAAAUCCGCCAUUACAGACAACCCAGGAGCUUCACUCCAGAACUGGAAUGUCUCCACAAGCUAUUGCACAUGGACUGGAGUUUCUUGUGAUGGGUACCGCCGAGUCGUCUCCCUUGACCUCUCCAAUAUGAACCUCUCUGGCACUUUAUCCCCUGAUAUAGGUCACCUUCGCAACCUCGUUAAUCUCAUCGUCGCUGCUAACGUUCUCUCUGGUCCCGUCCCUUCCGAACUCUCUCACAUUAGCGGUCUCCGACAGUUGAACCUUUCUAACAACAUCUUCAAUGGAAGCUUCCCUUCCCAGCUCUCUCUUCUCAAGUACCUUGAAGUUCUUGAUUUCUGUAACAACAACAUGACUGGGGAUUUACCCGUUGAGGCGUCGGAGAUGCCGAAUCUCCGCCAUCUCCACCUUGGUGGCAACUUCUUCUCGGGGAGAAUCCCUCCUGAAUACGGUCGAUGGAUACUACAACAACUAUGCAAUCUGAAGAGCUUGAAAUCAAUGGAUCUCUCCAACAAUAUGUUCUCCGGUGAGAUUCCGGAAUCUUUUGCGGAGCUGAAGAAUCUAACGCUGUUGAAUUUGUUCAGGAACAAGUUGCACGGCGCGAUUCCAGAUUUCAUUGGUGAUUUGCCCGAGUUGGAAGUGUUGCAGCUUUGGGAGAAUAAUUUUACUGGAAGUAUUCCUCAGGGACUUGGAAGGAAUGGCAAGCUUCAGCUCCUCGAUUUGUCGUCGAACAAGCUGACGGGGAUUCUCCCUCCGGAUCUCUGUUCUGGAAAUCGGCUUGAGACGCUGAUCUUAUUGGGGAACUUUCUGUUCGGUAACAGUCCUGAAUCGAGUUUAGGAUUAGG